AGUCGACUCUUUGGUGAAUGACACAUCACUAACAGAGACUUGUGCUGUAAGUUUCAGCUCGCAGCAUCGCCAAGCUACUUGUUGGCUAAUGUAGUUAUCUAAGCUGGCGUUCCAUCAGUCUUCUCUGUAACAGUCGGUGGAUCGACAUUAACGCGAUGGCUGUGGAGAUGAGCUCCACCUGCCCGGGCCUUUACUGUGGAAAAACUCUUAUUAACGGGACAAUUGAAGGAGAAUGUGGGGUGUGUCCCAGAGGUGAGAGAGCAAACCUGGAGAAGAUCUGUCAGAAGUGUACAGGUUCUCCGGAGCUGUACGACUGGCUGUACCUGGGCUUCAUGGCCAUGCUGCCACUAGUCCUGCACUGGUUCUUCAUCGAGUGGUACUCAGGCAAGAAAAGUUCGAGCGCGGUGCUGCAACACGUGACUGCUCUGUGUGAGUGCGGCGUGGCGGCUGUGAUCACCCUGCUGCUGAAUGAUCCUGUAGGAGAGCUGACCAUCCGCUCCUGUAGGGUCCAGAUGCUCUCUGACUGGUACACCAUGCUGUACAACCCAAGUCCAGACUACAUCACCACACUGCACUGCACCCAGGAGGCCGUUUUCCCUCUCUACACCAUCGUGCUGAUCUACUACGCCUUCUGCCUGGUGUUCAUGAUGCUGCUGCGGCCGCUGCUGGUGAAGAAGAUUGCAUGCGGUUUGGGGAAGACGGAUCGCUUCAAAAGUAUCUAUGCUGCGCUGUACUUCUUCCCCAUACUCACUGUGCUGCAGGCGGUUGGAGGAGGACUCCUGUAUUAUGCGUUUCCCUACAUCAUUCUGGUCCUGUCGCUGGUCACGCUUGCUGUGUACAUGUCUGCUUCAGAGAUCCAGUCCUUUAAGAACCUUGUGGCCAAAAAGAAGCGUCUGGUGGUGCUGUUCAGUCAUUGGCUCCUCCACGCUUACGGCAUCAUCUCCAUCUCCCGAUUGGAUAAACUCGGGCAGGAUUUGCCGCUAUUGGCCCUCGUGCCUGGACCCGCACUCUUUUAUUUACUCACGGCCCGAUUCACUGAACCCAACCGCAUUUUAUCAGAAGGAGGAAACGGACACUGAGGCACCGACUUGCUUUACCGGCGUCUUCUAACUUUAUCAGCGCACUUUAGGAAAGGAAGGAAACUCGUCUCACCUAAAGUCCGUCUCAUGCCUCAGGUCUGCAGAUCAGGAAGCGAUUAUAAAGUUUCAUGUCGAAUUCAAACGAGCGCUUUAUAAACCCGGACUUUUGCUGCUAUUUAAAUGAAGCGUUUAUGUAGAAAUGAAAUGAUCGAGCUUUCGGUUUCCGGGUGUGAAUUUGUUCUGUGACUCGUCAGCUACGUCAUCGAGUAAAUUCCAGGUUAAGGUGUAAACUCUGUACAUCUCAUUUUUCACUUUUUCUUUAAACUGAGGAAAUAAAUGUCCUGUUUUUUUCUUUU